AUGUCACUCGUCGUACGUGCUCUCCUCGUCUCAGUACAGGCAAUAGGCAAUCAGCUUGCAUGUACUCCGCCCAAUGCAACUAAUGUCAAAACUCGUUACCAUACAAACGAGCCGUACAUUCUCCAGAUGGCCCCCCUCAUGUUCAAGAUACACACCACUCUACUCUGGCUUUGCGCCCUCUUCGAAGCCAUCUCAGCCAUCAACUUCUAUGUUCCAUGCCUGCCAGUCCAAGUAGAGCCAUUCUUCAGUUCGACCACACGGCCCAUUUCUUCUAUUACACCACUCUUCAUGAUCGGUGUUCUCGUAUCUCUCUCAGGCGUCCUUAUCCGUCUCCGCUGUUUCCGCGAACUAGGUCACCUCUUUACCUUUGAUCUCACUUUCCACCCUGAACACAAGCUCGUCACUUCCGGAUUCUACCGAUAUGUCCGACACCCUUCUUACACAGGAUCGUUAUUGCUCGUUGCAGGACUUGCUUUAUCGCAUUGCACCCGCGGCAGCUGGGCGCGGGAGUGCGGGCCUCUUGGUCAGAUGAGUGCUGUGGUCCUAGGUACCGGUUGGUGUAUUUGGGCCAUAUCAGUUUGCAUCAGCAGAGCCUACGCCGAGGACGGCGAACUCAGAAAGAACUUCGGUGCCGAAUGGGAUGCCUAUGCGGCUAGAGUCCCAGCAUGGUUUUUCCCUGGAUUAUUGUAG